GAGAGGGGGAGCGAGAGUAGAGAUGAAGUUGAGGAGAGGGGGACCGAGGGAGGAGAGAGGGAGAGAUGAAGUUGGGGGCGAAGGAGGAGAGUGGUUACUCGCAGACAGAUUGCGCUGUCUUUAUGGAGAAGGUCGCUCUCCGGACAAAUAUUCGUCCCAGACAUUGGCCGGACAGCUAAAGAUAUUGCGCGGACCUGUAACACGAAGGUCACAUGGACACGCUUUCCAGCUGUUUUGGGGACUGUGGCACCGGGAGAAGAUGCCGGAGUAGUGAAGCCCCGGUCCCACGCUCAGGGCAACAGGCGGCGCUUCCUGACGGCCGGAGCAGCGUGGACCUGUGUUGAAGAGGCUGGAGACCUGAGGACCCCCCCCACCAACCCCACCCCACCCCACCCCACCGUCGCCCUUCCGUGAUCAGCAAUGGUGGACCACCUGUUUCCGGCUGGAGAGGUCUUCCUGCCAGCGAGCCUCAAGCUGGGCCACAUGGGGAUGGAGAGAGGGUGCUACCAGCUGCUACCCUCCCCCUUGUCUGGGGAUGAGAGUGACUCCUCCAGCUCGCACUCUUGCUCCAGCCCUGAGCCCAUGCUCCCAGGCUCCUGCUACGGGGAAGAAGACAGCAUUAUCGACUACCUCCUCUCCCAGGCCUCCCUUGGAGCUCCCGCUGGUAGGAGCGAGGACCAGGCAUCCGACAAGGAGGGCUGCCCCGGAGGCCCAACAAGCUUGUUCCGGCCCACUCUGGAGGAGAUUGAGGAGUUCUUGGAGGAGAACAUGGACCAAGGCUUCAAGGAUGAGGGCAGAGGCAGGGUGAGGGAGCCCCCAGGUGCGGACGAGGGGGCCAGGAGUCUGGAGGGUGAGACAAAGACCGUGGCAGAGCAGCCAAAGCUCGGGGAGGCAUGUGGCACAAAGGAGGCGUUGGCAGCAGCCAAGGGGCUCCCGAUCAUCGUCCAUCUGCAGCCAGUGGGGCUAAAACAGGAGGCGGCGGUCCAGUCCCGGGGACAGGUGAAGAUGGCUCAGCUCCUGGUCAAUAUUCAGGGCCAGACCUUCACCCUGGUGCCACAGCUCGCGCCCCCCACUGGCCUGGGCGGUCCCCGGCAGUUUGUCCGCAUCGCGCCCGUGCCCAUCGCAGCCAAGCCGCAGGCCGGGGGUACCGAGGGCGCCCAGAGUGAGGCAGGUAUCCUCCUGGGGUCGAGGCUGCCGCGGUGCAGCUCUGCCGAUCUUCUCAAGAUGCACAAGUGCUCGUUCCCGGGCUGCUCCAAGAUGUACACCAAGAGCAGCCAUCUGAAGGCCCACCUGAGGCGACACACUGGCGAGAAGCCCUUUGCCUGUACCUGGCCCGAGUGCGGAUGGAGGUUCUCGAGGUCGGAUGAGCUGUCCCGUCACCGACGCUCUCACUCGGGGGUCAAGCCUUACCAGUGUCCCGUGUGCGAGAAGAAGUUUGCCCGCAGCGAUCACCUGUCCAAGCACAUCAAGGUUCACCGGUUCCCCAGAACAGGCCGCACAGCCCGGCCAAUGAACUGACCACCGCCGCGCUCGGACCAGACACGGGCAACAGCUGGCCCGGAGGGCGGCAGGCAACCCAAGGUUCUCCCGUGUUGAAUCUGCAAAACCGGCGGCAGAGUUUGAUCCAGGCUGUGAAUGUGGAUGAUGUACUGUUGGCCUCCUCUGAGUGAAGCUGGAUUAAACCCUCUGACAGUGAAGAGCGGCCCCCAGCUGUGGAAGUGAUUUCUGAACUCAGCCACUAUCAGCUCACACGCUGAGACACGCGGACGGGGCACGCCCUUCUGUAAAGCUCUCCCGUCUGCACACCCCCGGCUGGAACUGAUGCCUUGCUCUACAACCACCCUGAGGACCUGAGGAUCUGUGCCUGGUUUCUCUGCAUGCAAACGGGGUUGCGAUGAAAAUGUAGGUGGGUGGGUUAGUAAGUUUGCAGCUGAUACCAAGAUUGGUGGAUUUGUGGAUAGUGAGGAAUGACAAAGCAUAUGGCACGAUAACGACCAGUUGCAGAUAUGGGCUGAGAAAUAGCAGAUGGAGUUUAACCCAGAUAAAUGUGAGGUGCUUCACCUUGAGAGAGGGACGGUGCACCGUUGAGGGCAAGAUCCUUAAGUGUUGGUGAGCAGAGGGGUCGUGGGGUCGAAGUUCACAGCUGACUAGAAGUGGCUGCUCAGGUUGAUAGGACAUUGUGGGCUAAAAGACCACUUCCUGUGCUGUACCGAUCUACGUUCUAAAUUGGUUUAUUAUUGUCACAUGUACCAAGGUCUUGUUCUGAACCCAUUCAUGACACGAUGCAUUGCGGCAGAACAAGGGAAAACAACAGAAUGCAGAAUAAAGUAUUACAGUCACA